AAGCGCCCCCUUACUUUUCUUUUAUAUACGGAUUCUCACUUUUUAUAUUAUAUAAAUAUACGUCCUUAUCUCAUUGGUAUAAUGUUAGUGAAUACUAAUACUCGUAUUGCACGACUAUCAGUAGGUGCUGGCACUUUUGACGGUCAUCAUAUUACUUCAGCUUGUUCUACAUCAGAAACAAAUACGAAUAGUGCAAUACCAACUUCACCUCCACUUACCAAACGUCGUUAUCGAUCUUGUCAAUCCAAUUGUCAUACAUCAAAUACAUCAUCAUCAUCGUCAUCAUCAUCAUCAUCAACAAAGAACAGCAAAGAUAGUACUGAUCUGAAAAUAGGGCAAAGAGUUUCUGUUUCUAGUUUAUGUGCUAUUGGGACUAUUCGAUUUAUUGGAUCUACUUCUUUUAAACCUGGUCUAUGGAUUGGAAUUGAACUUGAUAUUGUUGGAUCAGGCAAAAAUGAUGGAUCUAUCAAAGGUGUACGUUAUUUUACUUGUCCUUCCGAAACUGGACUCUUUAUUCUUGCCAACAAGGUCACACCUCUAAAGGAAUCUACUUCUUGCUCUUCUUCUACAUUGUCUGCCCAACCCAUUGUUACACCCAAGAAAAGUCUUACUUCAGUACCUUCAACUACACGCCGUACAACCAAGACUCCCUCUACGAAUGAUACCAAGACACCUCGCCAACGAUGUCUUUCUCAUGAUCAGCAGCAACAACAACCAACAUGCUCUACGUCAAAGAAAAAGGAACUCUCUUUGUCUACUAAAAGUCCUCGACCAACAAAAAACCUCUCAACUGUCUCAGCACGAAAAACUGCACCACAAACAACAAAUACAACAACAAAGAAAUCAUCAUCCACGUUACCUUUUUCGGUCUCGACAAAAGCGACAACAGCAUCUCGGCGAAAAUCAGCCACACCCGCAUUAUCAUCAUCGUCAUCAUCCCAAAGGAAAUCAUCUCCAACAACUACUAGUAGAGAACCCAGUAGAAGCACUAGGAUGACAAUGACUCCAAGCACCAAAAAACGAAACUCAACCUUAUCAAGUAAACCAGAUGCACCUGAAACACUUCGAAAAAGCAAAAGCACAAGUACACGCAAGACGGUAACAUCCGAUGAAUUGAAGAAAAUGCAUAGUCUAUUGGAACAAAGUCGACUUGAAAAGCAAAGACUAUCAGAUGAAAUGAAUGGUAAAGAAGCUGUAUGGGAACGACUAGUGACUGCCAAGGAAAGUUACGCCCUCAAGGUACAAGAUAUGGAACUGGAAAUCACGCGACUACAAGAUUCACUGCAUAUGUCACAACAACAAUCCGCCCAUCUGGAAUCACAACUACUACAAAUGAAAUCACCCAGAACAAUAUCACCUUCUUCUCCAUCUUUGGACCAACAACCUUUGAAUGGAAUGAUGAUCAACGCAAUGGAGCAACAAUAUAUUCGACGCAUUGAAAAGCUCGAUCGAUUAGUUCGCGAAUGGCAACAGGACGCUCAAGAUUCUCAUCAACAAUUACAACAACAACAACGCACCUAUACAUCUCAAAUUGAACAAUUACGACGUGACCUUGCCGAACGUGAUCAAGCUACCGCAGCCAUGGAAAGGGAUUACGAAACUGCCAAACAUGAAAGCACUGAGACCAUUAGACAGUAUGAAGCCACGAUGAAGCAAUGGACGAUGGAACGUGACAUGACCAUCAAACUCAAGGAUGAUGAAAUACAACGACUGACACAUACCGUAGACGAGUUGAAAUCUUGCCACUUUUUACUCCCACCAUCACCCAAUAAUGAAGAGGACGAAGAGGAUGAUGCUAGAAACAAUAUGAUCGAUCGCAAUAACAACAUGUACUCUUCACGACGUAGAUUGGAACAACAAUUAGAAUUGACCACCAUGGCUCUCGAUGACAUACAACAACAACAAAAAGCCACAUUGAUGGAUAAUGAACAACUACGUGAACAACUAUCGCAUAUGCAUGCAGUAUCAGGUGCAGCUGAUCAUCAAUUCCAACAACUCCAAAAAGAACUUUCAGCAGAAAUCAACGAUAAACGAUUAUUGAUGGAAGAACGAGAUGUCGCUUUACAAGGUCAAUUACGCAUGGAAGAAGAACACAAGGAUCUACUGAUGACUAAUACACGACUGGAGCAUCAACUAGGCCAAUUGACGGAACGUUUGGAGCAACUGCAAAAUCAAUUGGAUACCACGCAACAAGCACUGACAACCUCACAAACAGAAUUGACCUCUCUGCAACAACAAUGGACGAUCCUAAAAGAAGCUCAUGAUACGAUGGAACAAGAUUAUGGCCGCCUGAUGGAUGAUAUGUUAGAUUUGGAGGAACAAGCAUCAUCUGGAGAUCCAAAUACUUCAACUAUGUUUAUGAAGAAUGAAAUCAGCCGGUUAAAACAACAACUGACAAAACAACAACAAAAGAUCAACGAUACUGAUACCCAACAUCGCAUCAAGAUCAGUCAGCUUCAUAACGACAUGGCACAACUGGAAUCUGUGAUUGAAAAAAAGACAUUUCGAAUUUCAGAACUAGAGGAACUCUAUACAAUGGAGAGGAACAAAUACAAAACUGAACAACGACAAUGGCAAGCUUUAAUACUCAAGGACGAUAAAUCAUCAUUAUCUUGCUCCAAUAUGCCUAUUUCUCCCAUCUCUGAUACAGCUUCUGUCAACACUACUUCAACAUCUAAUACCUAUCGCCAAGAAUAUCCCAAAAACAAAAACAAGAACGAUGGUGCUGAUCUCUACUGUGAAAUCUGUGAAGUUUAUGGUCAUGAUGUGAUUGGUUGUAAUACUCCUAUGAUGGUAUCCUCUCCACUUCAACAACAUGAAAGUACAAUGGUUUAUUGUGUCAAUUGUGAUGUAUUUGAUAUUCAUGCCACAACAGAUUGUCCUAAUCAAAAUGAAACAUUCUAAGUUAGUGUCUUUUUUUUUUCUAUAUUAUUUUUAUCAAUAAAAUUGUUGUAUUUUGUUAUUUUCCCA